AUGUUCCUUGGCAUCCAAGCUCAUCACACAGCAGAUGGGAUUUUUCUACAGCAAUCACAUUAUGCCAACGCCAUACUAGAAUCAGCAGGCUUCUCUUCUUGCAAACCUGCAGCCACACCCAUUUCCCCUAAGACUGGCAACCAACCAUCAACCGAUCCCCCAUACCCAGAUCCCACUUUCUACCGUCGCUUAGCCGGUUCCCUUCAAUACCUCACCAUCACCCGUCCCGAUAUAGCCUUCGCCACCAACUGCAUUUGCCAACACAUGCAUAACCCCUCACUCCACCAUUUCCAACUCCUCAAACGCCUCCUACGCUAUAUUAAAGGGACGAUUCAUUUUGGCUUACCAAUUUGCAAGGGAGAUCUCACCCUUCGAUCCUAUGCCGACGCUGACUGGGCGGCGGACUCAACUGAUCGUAAAUCAGUUACCGGUUUCUGCACAUUUCUUGGUCCAAACCUCAUUUCCUGGCAUGUCAAAAAGCAGGUUACUGUGGCAAAAUCAUCCACCGAAGCUGAAUACAGGGCACUCUCCUCCGCCACCUCCGACGUCAUUGUUACAACUCGGGCUUCCGA